AUGGCUGUAGACCCCUUCAUUGAGGCAGCCUUUGGGCCGCCUCCUGAUGGCGUUGACCUGACCGAGAGCCAGGCCACGAAGAACAAUGCUAUUGUAAUUGUCCUUCUCAUCAUUGCUGCUCUUUCUGUUGCCGGUCGCCUGGUCGCUCGCAGUAAGUAUGGCCCUGGCCUAAGCCUCGAUGACUACGCCAUCGUCGUGGCUUGGGUACUUGUCGCAGCAACGGCAGGAAUGGUAAUAGCCAUUGGCCAGGCUGGGGCUGGUCGCCAUGUCUGGGCUCUGAGCGUGGAUGACCUAGUCCAAACUUCAAAGGCAAGUUCCGAAAGACGUCACAAUCAUGAAUUUUUGCUCUACAUCUAUAGCUUCGUCUUCUGCACCGCCGUUCUCACCACCAAGAUAUCAAUCCUCCUCUUCUACUGGCGUGUCUUCAUGGGCAACCUACUGUCAUUCCGCUUCUCCAUUUGGAUGGGAGCCUUCCUUGUCGGCUCAUACCCUAUAUACUUCAUGAUCACCAUGGGGUUCUGCUGCAAUCCACUUUCGCACUAUUGGACUCAGUUCAAGGGCACUACGGGCACGUGUCUUGACGUCGGCCACUUCUUCUUCAUUCUGGCUAUCAUCAACCUCAUCACGGAUGUCAUACUGUUGGCUAUUCCGGUUCCCGAGAUCCUCAAGCUUCAAAUGAGCAAGGACAAGAAAAUUGCAGUAUGCGGCAUUCUUGGCCUAGGGGGAUUUGUCUGCAUAGCCAGUGCGGUGCGUGUGCACUAUCUCAAAGUCUUCUCCACGGCGACCGACAUAACAUGGAUGAUGGGUCCAGUAGCUAUUUGGUCAUCGGUUGAGCCUUCUGUGGGCAUCUUUUCCGCCUGUCUUCCUAGUUUCAAGCCAUUGCUCCGGGCCAUCAGAGGCAGGAACAUGAAUUCCAGCAGCUCAGGAGACAAGGGAUCUAUUUACCCCCUGGGCUCAAAAGGGACUCGAAAUACACGGCCCAGGUUGAGGUUAGAUGAUGAAAUCGCUUUGCAGAGUCAGGCAGUCGGAGGCGGGGGAAGCGGAAGCAUGCACAGCGGAAAUGACAGCGAGUUCGGACGCCAUAUUCACGUCAAGACCGAUAUCAAGCAGACGAUCAAUGGCUUUUCAUAG